AUGGAGUUUAUUAAAGAAGAGAGUGAAGACAUGAAGAUUGAAGAAACAUUCAGAGUCAGACAUGAAGAUACUGAGGAACAAACAAAGAUGGAGUUUAUUAAAGAGGAGAGUGAAGACAUGAAGAUUGAAGAAACAUUCAGAGUCAGACAUGAAGAUACUGAGGAACAAACAGACCUGAUGGUGCUGAAAGAGGAGAAACAAGAACUCAAUGAAAUGGAAGAGGAAGAUCAACGUGAUUUUGUAACUGGAGAAAAAUCUUUUAGUUCACAGCCCGAAAAGACAGGAAGUAGUAGUUAUUUCACCUGCCAACAGUGUGGAAAGUGUUUUAGACAAAAACAAGGUGUUAAAAGACACAUGAGAAUUCACACAGGAGAAAAGCCUUACGUCUGCCAGCAGUGUGGAAAGCAUUUCAAUCGAGAAAUAACUCUUAAAAGACACGUUAGAAUUCACACUGGAGAGAAGCCAUUCACAUGCCAGCAGUGUGGAAAGAGUUUCACUCAACUUGGAAACCUUGGAGUCCACAUGAGUGUUCACACUGGAGAGAAGCCUUACAAAUGCAAACAGUGUGGAAAAAGUUUCAACCGGAAAGGAAACCUUUAUUCCCACAUGUCAGUUCACACUGGAGAGAGCCUUUUCACCUGCCAACAGUGUGGAAUGAGUUUCACUCAGAAAGAAAGCAUUAACAGACACAUGAGAAUUCACAAUGGAGAGAAGCCUUACACCUGCCAGCAAUGUGGAAAGUGUUUUGAUCAACAUGAAAACCUUAAAGUCCAUAUGAAAAUUCAUGGAGGAAAACCCUACACAUGCUCUCAGUGUGCAAGGAGUUUCCGUCAAAAACGACACUUUGAAGGCCACAUGAGAAUUCACACUGGAGAGCAACCCUACACAUGCCCUCAGUGCGGAAAGAGUUUUAAUUAUAAACAACACUUGGAAGACCAUAUAAGAACUCACACUGGAGAGAAGCCUUUCACCUGCCAACAAUGUGGAAAAAGUUUCAACCGAAAAGAUACCCUUAACAGGCACAUAAGAGUUCACACUGGAGAGAAGCCGUUUAUAUGUGGUCACUGCGGAAAGAGUUUCAGACAUAAAGCAGCCCUAAAGUCCCACAUGAGUUUUCACGUAUGAAAGAAUGUUUUUUUUGUCACCAGUGUGGAAUUGUGGAAAGUUUCACAGACAAGAAACAUCUUGGAUAUCAUGUAACAACACCAGACAGAAGCCUUUCAUGUGCCAUCACUGUGGAAAGACUUGCAGAAACAAGGCAAUCAUUAGGUUUACAGAAGCGCCCCCCGAUAUAGCAAUGGAUUUGGGCCUUGUUUACACCUCGGUUUAAAAUGUUUUGGUUGAUCGUAUCUCAAAUAGACUGGCUAAUGCAUGGGUUUUUCAGAUCAGAUCAGAUUUUGAUCAAAUGGAUAAAACACAUUCACACCAUUUACAUAUAAACGUGAAAUGAGACAAUGGAAAAAGAUAAGGAGACCAGCAGCUUUCGUUUCUGCUCUGAUUAGCUGCAAAAUCACACCGAAUGAGUGAGGAUUGGCAGAGAACAUUGUGCUUAGUACAUUUUGCAUCUUUAAACCAAACUUGCAACAUAAGCUGCCAGAUUUUAUAUCCUACCAGGAAAGAUGCUUCAGAUCAGUAGGUGGAGAGAAGGCGGUCUUUUGUGGCUAUUUCAGUAAUUUUUACAACAUGCAUGUUUACACAACAAAAGAAAUCCAGUCAAAUGAUUUUUUGACUACUACUGGAAGUGGUUGAAUUUAGAGGUUUACUGAUGAUCGGAACAUUGAAAACAUCUUAAUGCCUCAUGUAAACUUGAUUAAUAUGUAAAUAUGUGCUGCAAGUUUUCCUUUCAUUAACAAAGUAAAUGUGGUGACAAAACAGCAUUUAUUAAAGCAUCAUAGCGAUGUGGAUAUUGUAACAGUGUUAACUGUGUUACCUUGAUUUUUUUUCAUUAGCUAUUUUUACUACUCACCUCUAGGGGGCACUUGUGUGUCUUAUUCCCAGGUAUAAUGUCAGCUAGAUUCAUACAAGAAAUGAGACAAUAAUGCACAUUUAUUAAGAAAAACAUUUGGAAGGUAUUAAAAAAGCAUAUGGUAUGGCAUGGAGAGAAGGAUGCUUAAGAAAAGCUGGUAUGAUGAGAGAAAUGAGUAAAAUGUGUAAUUGGUUGUUACAAUUUUUAUUUCAAAGGACAUUUAUAGUGCAGGUAGGAUCGAGUCAGUCAUCUGCAUUUAAUGCAGAAAAUGGUAUACCACAGGGAAGUGUAAUCAGUCCUAUACCAGUGUAGGCCCUGGUAUAGGAUGUGCAUUACACGUAGAUGAUUGCGCCAUAUGGAAUAGGGUUCAAAACUGUUUGAAAUUGCUGUAACGCCGUUUGGACAACAUUGUAAGCUGUCUGCUGAUCCAUUUCUAAUUCAGUUCAGAAAGAUACAGUUUAUUUAAAUUAUGUAGAUUUUCUCAAAUAUCCAAGAUUAUGGGUCGCAUUUAUAUAAUGUGCGUAUGCACAGAUUUCCACACAUUUUUGAUGUGGAGAAGUGCUUAGUGUACUGCAGGUUUUUGAAAAUGUAAGCUGUAUUUGAAGCUCGCUGUUAUAAAUAAAAGGAUUUGGAUGAUGACUGG